AUGGCGUACAGUCAAGAGGAAAAAGAUAGUGACAGACAGAUCAGCCAUGCAGCUGGCCACCCAAUACUGAGUGAUAAGGAUCAGUUUCCAUCUUUUCUUCGCACCAUGACAAGUGUAUACUCUCAAACAUUUGCCAUUGUAGAAUUCAUUAAACACUUUGCAUGGACCUGGGUAGGAAUUAUUUAUGCAGAUAAUGAUGUCAGUGUACAAGUAAGUCAGCAGCUGAAAGCAGAAUUAUUCAGAGAGCAUGUCUGUGUGGCAUUUUUUGAGUUGCUUCUAGUGCAAGGACAAAACAGAAUAGCUCACCUUGUAGAAACCAUUGUUGCUUCAUCUGCCACUGUAAUCAUGAUUUAUGCCUAUGCCCCAGAGGUAACCGUUAUAAUGGAGGAAAUGGCAAUGCAGAAUAUAACUGGCAAAGUGUGGGUGGCACCAACUUGGACAGAAGACUCUGUUUUUUCACAUAAGAAUCUCUGGGAAAUCUUACACGGUGUAAUAGCAUUCACAUCACCUGCUGGAUCUAUUCCUGGAUUUAAAGAGUUCCUUUAUAGUAUUCACCCACUGAAGUAUCCAGAAGAUAUUUAUAUGAAGCUCUUCUGGGCCACUGUAUUUAGUUGCAUGUGGACAGAUAAUGUAACAAUGGAAAAUGCACCAGAUGAAGGACGAAUGUCUGAUUCCAGGUUUUGCACUGGAAAGGAGAAUCUAGAAACUCUUGAAGAAAGCAUUUAUCCUGUCAAUAACUUCAGAAAUACCUACUGCAUGUUGAAUGCUGUCUACUCCUUAGCAUAUGCUCUACAAAACUUGCAGUCAUGUAAAUCUGGAGAAGGACCAUUCAGUAACCAAACAUGUGCAGACAAAAAACAUUUUGAACCAUGGCAGCUUCUGCAUUACCUUAAGAAAGUCCAUUUCAGAAACAAAAGUGGACAGGAAGUAUAUUUUAAUGAAAAUGGUGACACUCCAGGACUGUAUGAAAUUACUAACUGGCAACUAAUUUCUGCCGAUUCCUUCAGGAAUGUAAAAGUGGGAAUGUAUCAACAAUUAGAGACUGGCAAUCAUUUGUUUACUAUAAAUGAAAGUGCUAUUAUGUGGAAUGACAGAUACAUUCAGACUCCUAGAUCUGAUUGCAGUAACAGCUGCCCACCAGGGUACCGCAAAGCUUCAAUUCAAGGAAUGCCUUCCUGCUGCUAUGACUGUGUGCCAUGUUCUGAUGGGGAAAUUGCCAAUCAAACUGAUAUCACUGACUGUAUGAAGUGCCCAGAUGAUUCUUGGUCAAAUGAUGAAAACAUAAUCUGUAUCCUAAAGCAGGUAGAAUACCUGUCCUUUGAGGAUCCUAUGGGAGCAGUACUGACUGUAAUCUCCAUAGUAUUUGCCAUCAUCCCUGCAGCCACACUAUGGAUAUUUAUUAGACAUCAGGACUCUCCUAUUGUUAAAGCAAAUAACCGCAAUCUCAGUUACUUCCUCCUUGUAGCUCUCAUUUUGUGUUUCCUCUGCUCCUUGAUAUUCAUUGGGAAACCAAACAACACAAGCUGCUUAUUGAGACAGUCUGCAUUUGGUAUAAUAUUUUCUGUUUGUAUCUCUUUCAUUCUAGCAAAAACAAUUAUUGUAUUUAUUGCAUUCAGUGUAAGAAGGCCAGCAGGGUUCCUGCAGAAGUGGGUUGGGACCAAGACACCAGUUUUUAUUGGCCUUUGCUCUACCAAUCUGCAGAUCAUUAUAUGUACUCUUUGGCUUGGACUUUCAUCACCUUUCCAAGAAAAAAACAUGAAAUUAUACAAUGACAAAAUAAUAAUUGAAUGCAAUGAAGGGUCAGUUAUCAUGUUUUAUUGCAUGCUCAUGUAUCUUGGGCUUUUGGCAAGUGUGUGCUUCAUAGUUGCUUUCUUAGUACGAAAAUUACCAGGUAGAUACAAUGAGGCAAAAUUCAUUACAUUCAGCAUGUUAAUAUUUGUUAGUGUUUGGCUUUCAUUUAUACCAGCAUACCUCAGUACUAAAGGAAAAUAUCUUGUUGCUGUGGAGGUAUUUGCUAUAUUAUCUUCUGGAUUUGGACUUCUGAGCUGCAUUUUCUUCCCAAAGUGUUACAUUAUUAUAUUAAGACCAGAGAUGAACAUUAAAGAAUCUGCAACAAAGAGCUCAUGCUAA